CAGGUCACUUUCAACAUGGAGAGUGGAGCAGGGAAGCAUUGGACUGAGGAGGAGGUUAAAGCCUUGUUAAGCGUCUGGUCGGAAAAAAAUAUCAGAAAGCAACUCCACGGCACCCUGAGGAAUAAAGGAAUAUUUAUCUACAUUGCUAAGAGGUUGCAGGAGUUAGGAGUUUGCAGGGACUGGAAACAGUGCCGUGCAAAGUAUAAAAAUCUGAAGUAUGAAUACAGAACGGUUAAAUAUGCCCACAACUCUGGGGAUGUCACUAAAACCAUGAAGUUUUUCCGUGAUCUGGAUGCCAUAUUGCGAUAUGAACCUGUCACACAAUUAGCGGCAGAAGAGAACGGCAGGUGUUCUGCGACUGAGACGCAGCUGAACACAAGCCCCACAACAGACAGCACGCAAGGUGAAAUACCAAUUUCUUUAGAAGAUGAUGAGGAUGCUCCAGGAGAUCCACUACUUUUUAUGUCACAUGUCAGACCAGUUCAACUAGGUAACCCGUAUCUGUGUCUCUCCCCUACCCCACACGAUGCAGGUAAUCCAACGUCAGCAAUAGAGGCUUCCAAAACACCGGCUUUUAUUCCAACAGUAGCAAAUGAAGGAGGAAAACACUGGACUGUUAAUGAAGUCAGAGCUUUGAUACGCAUAUGGUCAGACAAAAAUAUCCAGCAACAACUGGAGGGCACAGUGAGAAAUAAAAGAAUAUUUGAACAGGUUGCUGCUAGACUUCAAAAGUUCGGAAUUGACAGGGACUGGAAGCAGUGCAGGACAAAAUAUAAAAAUUUGAAACAUGAAUACAAGAGUGUAAAAGGUGCCCAAGACUCAGGGAGUACAAGUAAAAGUAUGAAAUUUUUUAAUGAACUGGAUGCUAUUCUGGGGCACAGCACCAUGGAACAAGGAAGUAAAUCAGAUAAUGAUGAAAGUGAGAGGCCUCCAGAAUGGACAGAAGCAAAAUCAGAAAAGGACUCCAUAGAAAUGCCUGGAGACACAGGUGAAGAGGACUCUGUUAGUAAUAUGUCAGAAGACCUACAGGUUGCAGAUAUAAAGAAAGUUUCUGACUCAGAUGAUGUUACUGUAAAUACUACUCCAGAGAAUCGGGCAGCUCUGCAUAUCACGAAAGAAACAGCUAUGACAAAAAUCCCUGAAGAUGAGGGGGACAUUGCUAACUCCACCCCGGCAGCUCUGGAAGCUACACAAAUAAAGAAGGAGACGAUUGACAUAGAUGAUGAUUCUAUAAGCACUACCUCAGAAGACAGAUCUUGUACGCCAGUAGCAAAACGGAUGGUCGGGACAGACAAUCACAUUCCCUUGGAAGAAGCACAAAAUCACUUUAAAGUUAUUACAGUUAAUGAUACUGGAGCAGGAAAACACUGGAGUGAUAAUGAAGUCAGAGCUCUGAUAAACAUAUGGUCAGAUGAAAAGAUACAACAAAUGCUUGAAGGGGCCACGAGAAAUAAAGAGAUAUUUGAGGAAAUUGCCAGAAGGUUAAUGAAACGUGGUAUAGACAGAGACUGGAAACAAUGUCGCACAAAGUACAAGAACCUGAAAUAUGAAUACCGCGCACUGCAGAAGGAAAAUGAGCAUCUUGGUAAUCCCAGGAGAAAAAUGAGAUUUUAUGAUGAAGUUGACUCUAUCUUAAGAAGGCAGCCUCUGGGUCCCUCAAGCUGGGGAUGUGAAAGUUCAAGUCUCCUAUCAGUGGGAGAUGUUACAGCAAACACAGGAUCCUUGAGUAUCAAGAGAAAAACGUGGAAUGAUGAGGUGUCACCUGUUCCACUUAAGAAAAGUGCUUCUGAAAACACCAUACUCCACUUCCAAAAACUAUUAACAGAGAGAGUACACACAGUAACAGAAGGCAAAAAGUUACUGUUAGAAAGGCUUUGUAAGCAGGAAGACAUGCAAGACCUCAACAGAACACAGCUGUAUGCUGAUCCAUCAGCCAUACAACAGGUUGGUUUAAUGAACUUUCUACGAAAUUAUCCCGAUGCGUGCGCGUUACCCUUUAACAUAAGCAUCUCGAGUAACGCCGAGAAUGACGGCCGGGCCUCGCCGCGACGCCGGCGGGAGGUCAGCGCCCGUGUGACACCGCGGCGGCGGGGCUGGGUGCCCGGGACGGGGCGGCGGGGCGCAUACCCAACGCCCGCCUGUGCGGCCACGCCGCGGGCUCCGCGCACGGAGGCCGGCGGGCAGCGCGGGGCCGUUCGCACGCCCGGGCCGGCGGCGCGGACCCCCGGCGGCGGGCGGCGCCGGGGGCGGAUGCGCCUUCAGGGAGAUGCAGCCGAGGUGCCUGCUCCCGCUCCCGCCGCCGUAGCCAUGGCCCCCACAGCAUCAGACCUGAAACUUGGUAAAAAAGUUAAUGAAGGUAAAACGAAAGAAGUGUACGAGCUGCCAGAUAUGCCAGGAUGUGUUCUCAUGCAGUCGAAAGACCAAAUAACAGCGGGAAAUGCAGCCAGGAAGGACCGAAUGGAAGGGAAGGCUGCCAUUUCCAAUACAACAACUAGCUGUGUGUUUCAGUUGCUUCAAGAAGCCGGAAUCAAAACAGCUUUUGUCAGGAAACAGAGUGACACAGCAUUCAUAGCAGCUCACUGUGAAAUGAUCCCAAUUGAAUGGGUGUGCAGAAGAAUUGCUACUGGCUCCUUCCUCAAAAGAAACCCUGGUGUCAAAGAAGGAUAUAAGUUUUACCCACCCAAAAUUGAGAUGUUUUACAAGGAUGAUGCUAAUAAUGAUCCACAGUGGUCUGAGGAGCAGCUAAUUGAAGCAAAAUUCUGCUUUGCUGGACUUACUAUUGGCCAGACUGAAGUGGAUAUUAUGGCUCGUUCUACUCAAGCUAUUUUUGAGAUCCUGGAAAAAUCAUGGCAGCCCCAAAACUGCACUCUGGUAGACCUGAAGAUUGAAUUUGGUGUUAAUAUUCUGACAAAAGAAAUUGUUCUUGCCGAUGUUAUUGAUAAUGAUUCAUGGAGACUGUGGCCAUCAGGAGACAGAAGCCAACAGAAGGACAAACAGUCCUACCGGGACCUGAAAGAAGUGACUCCUGAAGCACUGCAAAUGGUUAAGAGAAACUUCGAAUGGGUUGCAGAAAGAGUGGAGUUGCUUCUGAAAACAAAGAGCCAAGGUAGAGUUGUGGUGUUGAUGGGAUCUCCUUCUGACCUCAGUCACUGUGAAAAAAUAAAAAAGGCAUGUGCAACCUUUGGAAUUCCUUGUGAGUUAAGAGUGACCUCUGCUCACAAAGGGCCAGAUGAAACCCUGAGGAUCAAAGCAGAAUAUGAAGGAGAUGGAAUCCCAACAGUGUUUGUUGCAGUAGCUGGCAGAAGCAACGGUUUGGGGCCAGUGAUGUCCGGUAACACUGCUUACCCAGUUGUCAACUGUCCUCCACUCUCAGCUGACUGGGGUACUCAGGAUGUGUGGUCCUCUCUCAGACUACCCAGUGGUCUUGGCUGUCCUACUACUUUGUCACCUGAAGGAGCUGCCCAGUUUGCUGCCCAGAUAUUUGGGUUAAACAACCAUUUGGUGUGGGCCAAACUGCGAUCAAAUAUGUUAAACACCUGGAUCUCCUUGAAGCAGGCUGACAAAAAACUUCGAGAGUGCACCUUGUAAGUUGUACUAACAAGUAACUUUUAUUAGUUAUGCAAAGAUAAUGGCGUGCAUAUUCAUUCAUAUUAGGAUUUACAUCUGGAUGAGCUCAAAAGUCAUGCAUCCUUUUUUACAGAGGAAAGCAUUAUUAGAGCAGCAGAUGAGGUCUGUGUCCUCAUCCUUCCCUUGUGUAUUUUUUUAAUACUUAGUAAAAGAUGGGGAAGUAGUAUUUUAGAUAUCUCUUUCUGUUGCUCCAAAAUGGUGCUCUUCUGCUUUUUAGUGUAUACAGUUAACUACAGACUAUGUCAAGAGAAUGAUUUGGUGUGAUCUAAAUAGAAUUCAACUAGUCUUCUGUAUUUCUGUAACAGUAAUAUUCUUCCAUAGUAAUGAUGUAUGUCUUGAACCUUAUUAACUCAACUGGACUGCUAACUAAAGUCAGUGCUGAUGCUGUUCUGCUUGCAAUGAUGGUAUGCUUUCUUUAGCAAUAAAAUGGCAACAUAUGCUGUAUUAAUAGGAAAAGGGGCUGGAAAAAUGUUUUAAGAGCCUGAAAUAAAUACCUGCCUUAUUUAAAAAAUGUAUAUACAUACAUGUUUUUGUUUUUUUUAAAUAUGUGUGUGUAUACAUACCCCAUUGAUAUCUUCUCGAAUGAUGUGAUAGAAGUUGACACCAAUUUUCUUGUUCAUAACAAGCUAUAAAUACAAAUGGUUGGAGUGAACUGUAACUAGGCUCAUUGCCUGUUUGCUGUAAUUCUUGCCUAGUCCAGUCUUUUAAAUACUAGGCAGAUCUCUCCCUUCAGUAGUUCUAAAGGGCCUGUGUGCUGUUGUCAAACUGUCUUCAUACACUUCAAUAACUCUAUUAUAUAUCUAUAUUUCCUCACUGUUUCUAUGGAAAUUUUACUGAACUGAAGGGGGAAUAAAUAGUAAAGCAACAAACUACUGGGGGGAAAUCUAAGCAUGGCUGUCUUGUCUUUGCACACACCAAUCUUCUAAGUAGGUACGAUUCUAACAAAUAUGCAAUUACUCAAUGUAUGUAACAUGCUUUUACAAUUAUAAAUAAACUAUUGAAUUCAAA